AUGAGUUUCAAAGGCUUCCAGAAGAGCCUGGUGCGUGCGCCACAGCAAUUUAAGGUGAAGUUCAACAUCGGUGAACACUCCAAAGACCCCGUGUAUACCGAUGCCGAACGUCGCUUCAGUGAGCUCGAGAAAGAAACGAAGAAGCUCCAUGACGAGUCCAAGAAAUACUUCGCCGCCAUUAAUGGCAUGUUGAACCACCAAAUCGAAUUCUCCAAAGCGAUCGCUGAGAUCUACAAACCCAUCUCCGGUCGCGCGUCCGACCCCAAUUCCUACCAGGCAGAAGGAAACCAAGAGGGUAUUCAGGCCUGCGAAGAAUAUGAAGUGAUCGUCCGGGAACUGCAAGAGGCACUGGCCCCCGAGUUGGAGCUGAUCAACAGCCGCAUUAUCAGCCCUGCCGACCAACUACUGGAGGUGAUCAAGGUGAUUCGGAAGGUCGCCGUCAAACGUGAUCACAAGAAGCUGGACUUCGACCGCCACAACGCCUCGCUGAAGAAGUUGGAAGAAAAGAAGGACAAAUCGCUCAAGGACGAAAAAGCACUGUACAAAGCCGAGAACGAUGUGGAGCAGUCAACUCAGGAAUUCAAUUACUACAACGAUCUUCUCAAGGAUGAACUACCCAAGCUGUUUGCCCUCGAAGCCGAGUUCAUCCGCCCGCUAUUCCAGUCCUUCUACUAUAUGCAGCUGAACGUCUUCUACACACUUCACGAACGGAUGCAGGGCAUGCAAAUCAGCUAUUUUAAUCUUCAACUCGAUGUGGAAGAGGCCUUUGAAGCGAAGCGGGGCGAUAUCAAGGAACAAGCCGAGGCUCUGAGCAUUGUACACUUCAAGACGCAAGGCGUCCGCCGCUCUGGAUCCAAAUUGCAUCCUCCUGGCAAGGGUGCCGACCUUAAGAGUCCCCUCGGCCGUGGCCGUUCCAGCUCUACCGCCACCGACGACAACCCUCCACCACCUUAUUCCUCGGCCGGUAUUAGCCACAGUCCGACGGGCAGUUUCUCCUCCAUCGCCAAGAGCAAGCCCGCUCCGCCUCCCCCACGGGCGAAGCCAUCCCAUCUCAGUAAGCAGGUCGAGACUGUCACCGCUCUCUAUGACUACGAGGCCCAGGCACAUGGCGACCUGGGUUUCUCUGCUGGCGAUGUCAUCGAGAUAGUCCAGCGUACCGACAAUACCAAUGAAUGGUGGACCGGGCGAAUUGCGGGCCGGGAGGGUCAAUUCCCGGCCAACUAUGUGCAACUGAAUUAG